AUGCCGACAGCACCCUACGCCUUACUCCAUCGCCGGAGCGCCGGUCGCUUAACCAACGGCCCGGCUUCCGCCGCUGCCUUUGGCGGACUCGCCGUCAUCUCCGUCUCGCUGGUCGCUCUGGGUGUGCUCACGGCCAGCGCUGGCCACACCAAAGCCGGAGCAGUGCUGUCGGCAAAUGCUGUGGAGGCGAACGACACCUGCGCGAACGGUUUCCCGGCGGACUUUGUCUGGGGCCUGGGCACAGCCGCGUAUCAAAUUGAGGGCGGCUGGAAUGCGACGAACCGGAGCCCAUCAAUCUGGGACGUGUUUUCGCAUACCAAGGGCGCAGUCGCCGGCGGCGACACGGGCGAUGUGGCGGACGACGUGAUCCACCGCUGGCGGGACGACAUCGCGCUCAUGUCGGAGCUCGGGCUGAAGCACUAUCGGUUCUCCCUUUCCUGGAGCCGCAUGAUGUCGUGGGAUGGCCACUCCAUGGUGCCCAACGAGCCGGGCAUCGCCUGGUACUCGGACUUCCUCGACGGGCUCCUCGAGGCGGGCAUCACCGCGCACGUCACCCUCUACCACUGGGACCUGCCGCAGGCGCUGCACGAGCACAGGGGCGGCUGGCACACGCCCGACAACGAGCGCAUCCUCACCGAGUUCGAGGCGUACGCCACGCUCGCCUUCGAGCGCCUCGGAAGCCGCGUGGCGACCUGGUUUACCUUCAACGAGCCGUGGACCUUCACCGUCAGCGGCUAUUCGGCCGGCAACCACGCGCCCGGCUGCGUGCCGGCGCAGUCGGGGCGCGGGCCGUGCGCGGGCGGCGACGUCACGCCGUACGUCGUCUCGACCAACGUGCUCAACGCGCACGCACGCGCGGUGGCGGUCUACCGGACGCGCUUUGCGGCCACGCUUGGCGGCAGGAUCUCGAUCACCCUCAACUGCGAGUUUGCUCGGCCGCUGACCAACUCCGCCGCCGACGCCGCCGCCGCGGAGCGCGCGCUCCAGUUCUGGCUCGGCUGGUGGCUCGAGCCACUGCUGAGCGGCGACUACCCGGCGGCGAUGCGGCGGAACGUCGGGGAGCGGCUCCCCUCCUUCUCGCCGGAGCAGCGCGAGCUGCUCAUCGGCUCGAUCGACCUCCUCGGCAUCAACCACUACUCCACGCACAUGGUGCGCGACGUGGCGGACGGAGAGCGCGGCGACGCGUCGAGCGGGUGGGAGGCGGACCAGCACGUGGUGGCCACCUUCGGCGCCGGCUGGCCGCAGGCGGCGUCGCCGUGGCAGCGCUCCUACCCGGCCGGCUUGCGGGGGCUGCUCAACUGGGUGGCGGCCAGGUACAAGGGCGACAUCUACGUCACGGAGAACGGCUGGUCCUGCAACUCCUUCACCGCCGCGGCGGCGGCGGCCGACCAAGAGCAGCUCGACUACUACACCGGCUACACGGAGCAGGUGCGGCUCGCCCUCGUCGAGGAUGGCGUGCCCGUGCGCGGUUACUUUGGCUGGUCGCUCCUCGACAACUUUGAAUGGGCGGACGGCUACUCGAAGCGGUUCGGGCUCUAUUACGUGAACUACACGACGCAGCAGAGGACGCCGAAGAAGGCGGCCGCCUGGUGGAAAGAGACGCGGAGCGCAUGCUAA